UUGCACCGUCCGGUGAGUGUGAUGUACGCAGUGACGGGCAGAGGGGACCGGGAGUGACGGAGCCGGGGUCUGUCGGGAGCCCAGACUGGUUUUUUAGCUUAAACAAACAACAAUGGGUAAAAGGAGGGAACUGAGUCCGCUCAACACCAAUGGACACAAUAAGAGAGCAAGACCGGAUGACGAGCAGGACUGUAAUACGUCCUGUGCCAUGUCCGAGUCUCAGUCAGGCACUGCUGAAGUCGGAAUCAUUGAGAGCAUUUCGCUGAAGAACUUCAUGUGUCAUUCCAUGCUCGGGCCAUUCCGAUUUGGACCAAAUGUCAACUUUGUCGUUGGGAACAAUGGAAGUGGAAAAAGUGCAGUUCUGACUGCUCUCAUUGUAGGGCUGGGUGGAAAAGCUGCAAUCACAAACCGAGGUUCAUCAAUAAAAGGAUUUGUGAAGGAUGGACAGACCUCUGCAGAUGUUUCCAUUACUUUGCGGAACAGAGGACACGAUGCAUUCAAACCCGAGGUGUACGGAGAGUCCAUUGUCGUGCAGCAGCAUUUCACAACCGAUGGCAAUCGCAGCUAUAAACUGAAGAGUUCUACAGGAACGUUGGUUUCCUCUAAGAAGGAUGAACUUACAGCAAUCCUUGAUCAUUUUAACAUACAGGUUGACAAUCCAGUGUCUGUUCUAACUCAGGAGAUGAGUAAACAUUUUCUACAAUCGAAGAAUGAAUCUGACAAAUAUAAGUUUUUCAUGAAAGCUACACAGUUGGAUCAGAUGAAGGAAGAUUACUCGUAUAUCAUGGAAACCAAGACCAGAACUCAUGACCAAAUUGUGUUUGGUGUGGAGAGGCUGCAAGAGCUGAAACGAGAGUGCGUGGAAAAGGAGGGGAAAUUUAAAAGUCUGGCAUCAUUGGCAGAAACUAAAAAAAAAAUGGAAGAUCUCGGGUGUGAAAUGGCCUGGGCUGUGGUGUCGGAGACUGAGAAACGUAUAAAGCCGUUUAAGGAUCAAAUUGUGUAUGAUGAAGGGCGCACCGUUAAGUUUGAGCAGAAGAUCAAUGAAUGGCAGGAUAAAGUGAAUGAUGCUAAAGAGAGGUUCCGAAAGAUACAGGAGAAGCUGGAAGAUAUCAGCCGGGAGGCACAGGCACUGAAGCCGCAGUGUGUCUCUCUAAAAGCGGACGUACAGCAGAGGAAGAGGUCCUACAAUGAGGCAGAGGUUUUCUAUAACCGACACAGAAUGGAAUUAAAGCGAUUGGAGAGAGACGCACAGCAGCUCCAUAUGCGUAUCGAAGAGUUACAGAACAGUGCUGAUAAUAAUUCAGAAGGUGAGAAGAUGGAGCGGCUGCGGGAAAUAGAUCAGUUAAAAGACCAAAUGAAAGAACUUCAUGAUCAAGACGUCUCAACUACUGAGCAGAUCAACCAGUUCCAGCAAGCAAUAUAUAGGAUUAAGGAAGACCGUAACAAGCUCAUUAAUAAGGAGCGUGAUCUGAAGCAUGCAAAGGAUGGGAUUAAAAGGCAAAUAUCAGCAUUUCAGGACAGUAGAACGGACAGGCUGAAGAGGUUUGGACGGCACAUGCCGUCUCUGCUCACAGCUAUCGAUGAUGCUUACAAGCAGGGUCGCUUCAAGAAGAAACCGGUUGGUCCACUAGGUGCUUGCAUACACACAAAUGAUCCCCAGCUUGCCCUUGCAGUGGAAUGCUGCUUGAAAGGACUGAUUUUUGCUUUCUGCUGUGAUAAUCAUCAGGAUGAGAGAACUCUGCAGAACCUCAUGUCAAGGGAAUGCCCGCACGGUCAGAGGCCACAGAUCAUUGUCAACGCGUUUCGCAAUGAAGUAUAUAAUGUUUCACAACGAGCCGUGGAUCAUCCAAAUUAUCCAUCCGUCUUGACCGCUUUGGAAAUUGAUCACCCAGUAGUUGCCAACUGCCUGAUUGAUAUGAGAGGCAUAGAGACUGUGCUUCUGAUCAAGAGUAACCAAGAAGCCCGGGAGGUCAUGCAGAAAAGAAACCCACCUAGAAAUUGCCGAGAGGCUUUUACUGCUGAUGGUGAUCAAGUGUAUAAAAACCGGUACUAUUCCUCAGAUUUCCACCGGGCCAGAUAUUUAAGCAGCGAUGUGGAAGUGGAAAUAAGUCACCUAGAGAAGGAAGUCUGUGAGAUUGAUGCCCAGCUGUCUAGCAUCCAGCAGCAAGUACGUGUCCUAGACGGUGAUGGACGGAAAAAUGAAGGCUUUUUGCGUCAGUAUCAUGACACAAAGAAAAAGAUACAGAUGAGGCUCAGGGAAGUAAGUGCUCGGAUAACAGAUCUGGAGAAUGUGGAGGAGCAGCCUUCUAUUGACAUUUCCACAUUGGAAGGUGAAGUUCAAGAUAACAAGAAAAGGAUGGAGCAUGUUAAAAAUGAGAUGGAGAAGGCAAAGACAAACUAUGACGAGUUUAAAUCCCUGCUUAUGAUCUCUGAGCAGCAAUACGAGGAGAUAAAAAUGAGAAUCAGCUCGGUGUCUGAUGUUGCUGAGCCAGUAAAGGAAGAUCUCCAAAAAGUGGACCAAGAAGUGGAAAAUUGUAAACGCCAUAAAAAGCACUAUGAGGAAAAGCUGAAGCAGCAUUUAGAUGUGAUCCAGAAACAGAAGGAGGAAUUAGCUACCAAAGAAACAGACCUAGAGGGAAAAAUCUCUCAGGCAAAGCAGAUUUCUCCCGAGCGGAUUGAAGUUACCCGGACUGCUAAAAGUCUUGAUACCGAAAUUAACCGGCUGCGGCAAAAGAUCAACUCAGAAGAGGAUCUCCACGGAAACCGAGAGGAAAUAAUGAAAGAGUACCAUGCUGCAAAAGAGAACUACCACGAUAUGGAAAGUAAAGUGAAGAAUCUGAAGAUGUUUGUAAAAAUGUUAGAUGAUAUAAUGACGCAGCGGUACAAGACUUACCAACAGUUUCGGAGGUAUCUUACUUUACGGUGCAAGUUCUACUUUGACUCCUUGUUAUCUCAAAGAGCUUAUUCUGGGAAAAUCUCAUUUGAUCACAGGAAUGAAACGCUCUCAAUAACCGUCCAGCCUGGGGAAGGAAACAAGGCCGCGCUGUCUGACAUGAGAUCGCUCUCUGGAGGGGAACGCUCUUUCUCAACUGUCUGUUUCGUGCUUUCUCUUUGGUCGAUUGCGGAAUCUCCCUUCAGGUGUCUGGAUGAAUUUGACGUCUUCAUGGAUAUGGUGAAUAGGAGAAUCUCUAUGGAUAUGAUGCUGACCAUGGCAGACUCACAGAGGUAUCGCCAGUUCAUUUUGUUAACCCCACAACAUAUGAGCUCUCUCCCUUACUCUAAUCUUAUCCGAAUUCUUCGAAUGCAAGACCCCGAACGAGGACAAACCACUCUGCCAUUUCACGCCCGUGGCCAGGGGGAUGAGGAGGAGGCCUAAUCUGACUCCUCAGAUGGUAGAUUGCAGUCUUUGGAUGGAGAAGCUUCGGUGAAGUUACAAUUUUAGACUGUGUGAAGAAAAUUUUCUAUAAACUGACCCUGUCACACCUGCCCUUGUUUUCUAUUCAACUGUUAAUACAGAGAAAUGUUUAUUUAUAUUUCUGUAAAUAUCCAACGUGUUUUAUAUGUUUUAUUUCUCCGACUUGUUUGAAUUCAGACCGGUGCUGCACAACCAUUUCCUUUCUCAAGAAGUUACUGCUGAGAACGAAAUGUUAAAUGUCAGCGAUUGUUUUAUAGUAGUUUAUGUUUUAAUUUAAAGAAUUGUUCAUGCAAAUAUAGUUAGCAUUAUAUACACAUCUGUACAGGCGCAGGAGGUAACGAGUGGCUUUCCCACUGCAGCCAAUAAUAGGAACAAUCCACGGCUGAGCCACGCGUUACCCAUCUCUGCUCACGAUGGUUGCAGGAUGUGCAUACGCCAUUCAUAACUACAGUUUCCCCUAUGCUAUGCCAGCCGGGGGUACGCAAAGCAUGCUGGGUAAUGGAGUUACAGCGUUCCUCCCUCAGUACAGUAUUGUAGCACCGUCAAUAAUAAAAUGUAUAGUUCUGUUUAA